UAGAAAAAAUAGUGUACGUGCUAGCCCAGGAUAACUUAACAUGCACCCUCUCUCUUUCACAAGUGGAAAAUGGCAACAAAAAGCAUAACAAAACAAACAAACAAACACAUUGCAGCUGUUAUAAGAAAGCUCAAACACAUUACAAAAAACACAAUUCCAUUAACCUUCCAUUUACGCUUUCCAAUUUCAACCCUUCACGCCUCCUCCACCGCCACCGCCACCGCCAACCGCCAACCGCCAACCGCCAACCGCCGUUGUCACUCGCCGUCCGAUCGCCGGAGAUUCAUAGGAAGUAGAAGCGUCAAAAACGGUGUCGUUGUUGUUGUGAGGGUUUAGAUGGCGAAGAAAAGGAAGUCGGUGGCAACGAGUAUCGAUGAGGUGGAUCGAACCAUGUAUUCGACGUUUUGUAGCACUGCCAAUUCGCUUUCCCAGCUUUAUAGUCAAGCUAUGAAUCAACAGAAGCUUUCCUUUCAGGCCGGUGAACGCCAUGGAUUGGAGAAAAUGUAUCAAUGGAUCUUGAGGCAACAAGAGGGAGGAUCCAGAGUAACAACUGCUGACAUGAUGAACUACCUGCAGUCGGAACUGGAUUAUAGUGGGGAGGACCAUUCAAUGUCGCCUAGACCACCACAAAACCAACAUUCUCAACCAAUGCAUGUUGCAAAUUCAGGCUUCCCACUUUCUUCAGGCUCAAUUGGUGUAGCAGCUCCAGGAAAUGGAGUACGAUCGGAUUAUGAUCCGCAAUCGAAGAAUUAUGUUUUCUCAAAUGCUCUCUCAAGCCCUGUUCGGCAAAGCCUGCAGAAUUAUCAAGUUGCUCAAGGAGGUUACUAUUUAAACAACGUCCAGCCUUCAAAUGGAGCAAGAAACAACGAAGCGAACUGUAACUCAGCUGAUGCGUCCAUGGAUAUGCAUUCUGAUAGCCCUGGUCAUGACUUUACUUACUGAAGUAGUCUGUAAAUAGAAUGUUUCAGGAGUGGCUUCUUGUCAUGCCGUGGUAUUCAAGCAGCAAGUUCAGGUUGAUUGAGUAAUUGUGUUGCAGCUGUUGUCGAGGAGAAAAUGCAUUGUUGAACUGGCUGUUUGAUUCAGAGAUUGAAAGGUGCGUUCGUGUUGGCUCGUAAAUCCUCAUUAUGUAGACAUGCACAUGUGCUCUUAGAAUGCAAUGUGAUGGCGGCACAAUACUUGCCGAAUACAUUGUUGUUACUGUUGAACUAGUUAGGUCUUUUAGGUCGUCUAUGAUAUUUGUGGAGUGUUUCUUUAGUAGGUACAAUAUAUAUGUUUGAGCUCGUGAUCUUCGAUUGCAUAUGUUUUCUCUUCAAAUAGACAUACUGGCAUCUUUGUUUUAUUUUCAAUGAUUGAACUCCCUCGGUACGAAAGGGGAAAUUAAGCUGAA